AAUGAAUUUAUGUAUUAAUUAAUUACUCUUAGUUUUAGUUUUGGUUAGAACUUUUGUUUCUCCGUCUGCAUUUGCUUUUGGCAUGCACCAUGUGGUUAGGUAAUUUGAAUCGUUACCAAACUGAUGUUUUGAAAAUCCAGGCAUGUCUGAGCAUUUGUGAGGGAGGAGGGACCACAGUGGAGAGCUAUUAUGUAGCUUCACUUCACUCUCUCCUCUCUCUGUGCCUGCCUCCCCCCUCCUCUAUUCCCCAAUUCAAGCUUGUUGUGCAACAGAGGUCAUUUGCAUGCUUGGUUCCUGGGCCAGUGCUUUUGGGAGCCUCUCUGUGGGUGGGACUACAGAGGAGAUUGGGGAGGAAUUCAGUUAUCUGGGACAAUAUAAGGAACCCUACAGUCUGCUUGCUUUUGUUCUGCACCCUUCUCCUCACUCUCAAUUUGUGGAACGAGACCACCGGCACACCAUGGAGAUGACGCUGCUGAAGAUGCUGGGAGUUCUGCUGUGCGCGCUGGUAGCCUGUGCAGAAGUUGCUCCUGUAGCUGAAUUUGACCUGGCAAAGAUGGCUGGGAAGUGGUACAUUGUCGGGUUUGCCACCAACUCCCAGUGGUUUGUGAGCCAUAAAGAUAGCAUGAAGAUGGGGACCUCUAUCAUGACCCCAACUGACAUUGGAGACAUUGACCUUAACUAUGCUAACCUAAAUUCUGAUGGAUCAUGCUGGAGAAUGACCCACCUGGCCAAGAAAACAGAUACACCAGGGCGUUUCACUUUCCACAGUCAAAGGUGGAACAAUGACAAUGAUAUGCGCGUUGUUGAUGUAAUUUAUGACGACUAUGCUCUGAUUCACACUAUUAAGACCAAGGAUGGCGUGUCAGAAGUCCUUAACAAAUUAUACAGCCGUACUCCCCAGGUCAGUGAAGACUUACAGCUGAAAUUCAGACAAUUCUCUCUUGACACUGGUGUUCUGGCUGAAAAUACUGUGAUUCUGCCUCCAAAUGCUGAGUGCCCAGCAGCCUAAGAAGUCCACUCCACUUCACCACAGGCAUCAUUCGACCCAUUUCCACUGCCAAAAACACUUGCAAAACUUCAGCUGUUUAGACAAACCAAAGACCAAACUGCAAAUCUGUGGCAUUCUUCUUCAGUAUCUCAGAGACUUGUUUAAAAAUUGAGAGAGAUCUUAAGGGCUGUAGAAGCUGCUUUUGUACCUUAUGAAUGUUUUUCUAGGAGAGCUGGUUUCUUUUGUAUGUUUUUUUUAAUUCUGAUGAAUUCAAUAAAAUAUAAAAAACAA